CGGAAUCCCCUAUCAAUCUGUACAGUAUUCUUAAUUGGCCUUUCUUGUCGCUCGUUAAAUCGAUGUAAUUGUUUUAUUUCUUGCUUAUAUUUUCUUUACUCUUUGUCUCUUGCAACUAUACCUAUCAAUGUUCGCUCAAUUGCACUCAACGCUGAGCUUCAAUUGAGCACGUCGCCAACUUGGUGAGCAUUGAGAAUAUGGCUCAUCACUUCCACGUUGGCGCUGCUACUGGACAGCAUCUUCUCGAUCCAAUGUCACAGGGAAUCGGUAUCAUGAGAGAUGUUGUCUCACGCUGGUCAGAACUCGAUAUCACACAGAUCGGAUCGCUCAUCGCCAUUGCCGGAACAGUACCUACAGCUUGGAGAUUUCUACAUCGUAUAUGGCAUGAAGUCUAUGGUACAAUACGACGUUUCUUUCUCGCAUCAGUGACGAUUCCCGGUGGCGAUCCUCUCAACAGAAGUGUUGUCAAAUGGCUUCUGGCUAACCGGGAACGACACUAUCGCUCAUUUCAUGGACGCACCGAUAUCGGACAGAAUGGAGAUCGCGCAGCAGCUCUUAAAAAGACAAAGCAUUCUAUUCAGUAUUCGCCUCAUUGGAACACCAGAUGGCUAUUUUAUGACGGAAAUCUGUUUCUUGUGACUCGCAGAAUCGACGACUUCAGCUCUUCUUUAUCGGAUCCUAGUUAUGAUGGUAUCGGAGGGGAAGAGAUCACUGUGAGCUGCUUUGGCUGGUCGGCUGAGCCCAUCAAGGCCUUUAUCGAAUCAUGUCGGGAGUAUUCAGAUCGGCAAACACAGUUUUUCGUGAUUAUCUACGCUCGAGAUCGCUAUGGUCUUUCGUGGAAACCAAAGGCACGGAAACCGAUUCGACAUUUAGAGACCGUUCACUUCGAUAAUGAGACGAAACAAGAGCUUCUUGGCGAUAUUCGGAAUUAUCUUGACCCCAAGACGCAGAAGAGAUAUCAGAGUCGGAGCAUGCCUUAUAGACGAGGUUAUCUAUUUUACGGACCCCCUGGAACUGGAAAGUCGUCUCUGUCAGUUGCCAUCGCUGGCGAAUUUGGACUGGAUCUUUAUGAAGUCAAGAUUCCCAGUGUGGCCACGGAUGCAGAUCUGGAGCAGAUGUUUCAGGAAAUUCCUCCACGUUGUGUCGUCUUGCUCGAAGAUAUCGAUGCAGUUUGGACGGAUCGUUCAAACUCAGAUAACGGGCAAGAGGGAAGUUCUGCGCCCAAUUGCACCCUUUCCGGGCUUUUGAAUGUCUUAGAUGGCGUUGGUUCGGUUGAAGGACGCAUCAUUAUCAUGACCACCAAUCAUCCCGAACAGUUGGACAGCGCAUUGGUACGACCAGGACGAGUCGAUAUGAAGGUUCUCCUAGGCAACAUCAGUCGAAAGUCAGCAGAAGAGAUGUUCAUUCGCAUGUUUUCUCCUGAUCUCGGAUGCACCUCGCAUCUUGAUAUGGAUGAGAUCAAGAAGCUUGCUGCGGAAUUCGGGAAAGAGAUUCCCGACGAUACGUUUACACCAUCUUUAUUGCAGGGCUUCUUUCAGUUGCAUUUGGAGAGCCCUCAGGAGGCUGCUUCAAGUAUAGGAGCUUGGGUCAAAAGGGAGCUCGAGAAGAGUUCGGAAAAGGAGUUUGAGCUUAUUACGGGCAAGAGAAAGCUAUAACGUUAACUUAAUUUGUGUAUUAUGUACUAUUAGAUCUUGGGCUUGUACCACAGGGAUGCGUUCUUCGACAAUUUAUCCAUCCCACUUCUGGGGUUCAAUAGAGGGUACUCUGAUUUCAGUAUCGCCAUCUAAUUUCUGACCGUCAAUAGAGUCAGAUUGACUCAUUCAAA